AUGGGCGCCAGGGCAUUUGUCCCCGCUCCUAAGAUCCGAUUCCAGAUCCAGCGCCGGAAUCUUCAGGAUGUCGCGAUCACUAGAACUGGAAAGCCGAUUCUGAAGGUCCAGGGUGGCCGGUCCUCUUUGGGAGGUCACACCGCGACCGUCUUCGGUGCUACUGGUUUCCUCGGUCGUUACAUCGUCAACAAGCUCGCUACGCAGGGAUGCACCGUUGUCGUCCCCUACCGUGAGGAGAUGACGAAGAGACACUUGAAGGUCACUGGUGACCUUGGUCGUGUCAACUUCAUUGAAUACGAUUUGCGCAACACCCAGUCCAUUGAGGAGGCUGUCCGCCAUUCCGAUGUCGUCUACAACCUUGUCGGCCGUCAAUAUCCCACCAAGAACUUCUCCUACACUGACGUCCACGUCGACGGUACUGAGCGCAUCGUUGAGGCGGUCGCCAAGUACGACGUUGAUCGUUUCAUUCACGUCUCUUCCUACAACGCCAGCCGGGAUUCUCCUUCCGAGUACUUUGCGACCAAGGCCUGGGGUGAGGAGAUUGUCCGCAACAUCUAUCCCGAAACCACCAUUGUCCGCCCUGCGCCCAUGUUCGGUUUCGAGGACAACCUCCUCCACAAGCUCGCUCGCGUGACCAACCUCCUCACAUCGAACCACAUGCAGGAGCGCUACUGGCCCGUCCACGCCAUUGAUGUCGGUACUGCUCUGGAGCGCAUGCUGCACGACGACAGCACCGUCGGUCAGACCUUCGAGCUGUACGGCCCCAAGAACUACUCCACCGCCGAGAUUGCCGAGCUGGUCGACCGCGAAAUCGUCAAGCACCGCCGUCACGUCAACGUGCCCAAGGCCAUCCUCAAGCCUCUGGCGCACUACCUGAACAAGUUCCUCUGGUGGCCCACCAUCUCCGCCGACGAGGUGGAGCGUGAGUUCAUCGACCAGGUGAUCGACCCCAACGCCAAGACGUUCAAGGACCUCGACAUUGAGCCUGUCGAGCUCAGCACCCUGACCUUCCACUACCUGCUGGGCUACCGUAGCGCCUCGUACUACGAUCUCCCUCCGGCCACGGAGCGCGAGAGACAGGAGGAGAAGAAGUACCUGCACGUUCUCGACGAUCAGUAG